UUCCCAUCCCACACGGUAGCUUUUCUCUAGGGUUUGUUCGUUGGUUUCCAAAUCGAACCGAAUCCAUGGCUGAAGAGAGAUUCACUGGCGUCGUGCAGUGGUUCAACAAUGGCAAAGGCUUUGGCUUCAUCAAACCCGACGAUGGCGGCGAGGACCUCUUCGUUCACCAAUCCUCAAUCAGAUCCGACGGCUACCGCACCCUGCUAGAAGGCGAUCGCGUCGAGUUCUCUAUCGCCACCGGCGAUAACGACAAGACCAAAGCCGUCGACGUUACCGGCGUCGACGGCGCCCCUCUCCACUCCCGCAACGCCGCCGGAAAUCGCUCCUCCGGCUACGGAUUCGGCGCCAGGCGCAAUGGCUCUGGCGGCGGAGCCGCCUGUUACCAGUGCGGUGAUUUCGGCCAUCUCGCUAGGGAUUGCAACCGGAGCAACAAUUCCGGCGGUGGGGGUGGCGGCGCAUGUUUCAAUUGCGGCGGGUUUGGCCACCUCGCGAGGGAUUGCGUGCGCGGAAGCAAUACCGGAGGCGGUAGCGCCGGCGGCGGAAGCGGAUCUUGCUUUCGGUGUGGCGGAUAUGGACACAUGGCGAGGGAUUGCGCCACUGCGAAGGGUGGUAGCUCUGGUGGCGGCGGUGCUGGUGGCGGUUGCUUUCGUUGCGGAGAGGUUGGUCACUUGGCUAGGGAUUGCAGCAUUGAUGGUGGGAGGUAUGGUGGUGGUAACAGUGGCGGGGGUGCUAAUGCUGGAAAAAGCACGUGCUUUAAUUGUGGGAAGCCUGGGCAUUUUGCGAGGGAGUGCGUUGAAGCCUCUGGGUGAAGUGAAGUGAAGAGGGUUACGUUUUGCGAAGGGAAAAAAGGUGGAAUAGUACAUAUUCUCUUUUUUGCACCUUUUAACAGUUAUUAUUAACUUGUUAGUCUCUCUUAUUCUUCUAAUUUCGGGGAAGUUUAUACAUAUGGCAAAGAUUGUGGUUUUGGUUUCUUUCUUUUUUUUCACCAUGUUACUGCUUCGCAGGCAAUUUUGCCUUCUCUUGUGGUUCCUUUAAUUAGUUAUUACAGCCUGAUAGACCUUGUUUCUGGUUAAUAGUCUCUGCCUUUCUCGCUACAAAAUUGUUGAGACUUUAUAUUUUGAUUUAUUGUCUGAAAGGUUCAUGUGAUCAUGGUUUUUAAGCUUAAUGUGGAAAUUGGAUUUCAUUAGAGUGAAGUUCUUGAUAGAUUGUGGAGUGUUCGUUCCGCUUUUUGUAGUGGGCAAGUUGUAAGCAGAAUUCAUGUGGAUUUUGAAGAUGCAUGCUUUGUGUACUUGGUCUUGAUUGAUUCUUUUGAACAUUAGUUGGAAUUUUGACUUGAAACAAUGGGAACAAAGGUUCAUGGAAGAAGAUUAAUGAUUGUGUUUUGUCCUCUGGAAAUUCCCCUUCUGAUGAGUGAUGGAAACAUGAGAAGUGGAGAUUCACAUAGUUGUAAAUCUACUACUUAUUUCCCACCCUGUGUGACCUUUUUAAGCUUGCCUUCUAUUUCACUUCAUGUCUGUAUUUAAUAUAAAUCUCACUGGGAUGACUGUUGCUUGGGCACACCUAUCAUACCCUGGAACACACUGAACAUGUUGGUGGCCCAUGGCUUAGCUAGACGGCUGUUAAGUUCUAGGAAAUCAUUUGAGCUUCUGUAGUGAGAUGAUGAUUCAGCUCUUAUGAACAUAUUACUAGAUUUGGAUUUUUGCACCACUUCAA